ACUCGGACGUGCCACCCGUGUAGUCCAAUCGAGUUUGGAAGCUGGAUAUUGAACCAAACACACACCAGAAGCAGCUGUGCGUCAUGUCGGGAGAGGUGCGUUUAAAACAGCUGGAGGAGUUGGUGCUGGCCGGACCGGCUCGCGCGGGGGGUCAGUGUCUCAGCGUGGAGACGCUGCUCGAUGUCCUCGUCUGUCUCUUCGACGAGUGCAACAACUCUCCCCUCAGACGAGAGAAAAACAUCCUGGAAUUUCUUGACUGGGCCAAACCCUUCACCUCCAAAGUGAAGCAGAUGCGCCUGCACAAGGAGGACUUUGAGAUCCUGAAGGUGAUUGGUCGAGGAGCGUUUGGAGAGGUAGCUGUUGUGAAGGUGAAGAACGCAGACAAAGUGUUUGCCAUGAAGAUCCUAAACAAAUGGAAGAUGCUGAAGAGGGCUGAGACGGCGUGUUUUCGGGAGGAGCGGGACGUUCUGGUGAACGGGGACAGCCAGUGGAUCACCACUUUACAUUACGCCUUCCAGGAUGAGAACAACUUGUACUUGGUGAUGGACUACUAUGUCGGUGGUGAUCUGCUGACUUUGCUCAGCAAGUUCGAGGACCGCUUGCCUGAGGACAUGGCUAAAUUUUACCUGGCAGAGAUGGUGAUGGCUAUCGACUCGGUCCACCAGCUGCACUACAUCCACAGGGACAUCAAGCCUGACAACAUCUUGCUGGACAUGAACGGUCACAUUCGCUUGGCUGACUUUGGCUCCUGUCUCAAACUCAUGGUGGACGGAACGGUGCAAUCCUCGAUCGCAGUGGGAACGCCAGACUACAUCUCUCCCGAGAUCCUGCAGGCCAUGGAAGACGGGAAAGGAAAAUAUGGGCCCGAGUGUGACUGGUGGUCUUUGGGAGUAUGUAUGUACGAGAUGCUCUACGGGGAGACACCCUUCUAUGCUGAGUCGUUAGUGGAGACAUACGGCAAAAUCAUGAACCAUAAGGAGCGCUUCCAGUUCCCCAUGCAGAUGUCUGAUGUAUCUGAGGAGGCCAAAGACCUAAUGCGCAGGCUGAUUUGCUCUCGUGAGCACCGGCUGGGCCAGAAUGGCAUCGAGGACUUUAAGAGCCACCCCUUCUUCUCAGGCAUCAACUGGGAUGACAUUCGCACUUGCGAGGCCCCCUACAUCCCUGAAGUCAGCAGCCCCACCGACACCUCCAACUUUGACGUGGAGGACGACUGCCUAAAGAAUUCAGAAACAAUGCCUCCACCCUCCCACACAGCCUUCUCGGGACUCCAUCUCCCGUUUCUUGGUUUCACCUACACUAGCAACUGCUCUCUGUCAGACCGGGGUUGUUUAAAAGACUCUGAAGGCUCUUCAGGGGUGGAUUCCUGUCUACAGAGAACUUUGGAAGACAGCUUGGCUUCUGAGGCCUAUGAAAGAAGGAUCCGCCGACUGGAGCAGGAGAAAACUGAGCUUAGCCGCAAGCUCCAGGAGUCUACCCAGACGGUACAGGCUCUGCAGCACACUAAUUCAAAUGUGCCACCUGGUGCCAACAAAGAGGUGGAGAUAAGAAGCCUGAAGAGUGAGAUAGACAUCUUGAAAAAGCAGAUAGCAGAUUCAGGUCAUCUGGGACAGCAGCAGGGUGAGGAUGCCAGCGUGGCACGGAAGGAUCUAGAAGACUCGUCUAAGAUAAUAAAGACCCUGGAAAGGCAGGUCCAGUGUGUUACACUGGAGAAAGACAGUCUGCACAAGGAGCUGCUAGACACCAAGGAGAAGCUCAAGGCCCAGGGAAAGGAACUGAAGGAGGCAUACAGUCAAAGGAAGAUGGCCAUGCAAGAGUUCUCAGAGCUGAACGAGCGCCUCACUGAGCUGCGCUCACACAAGCAGCGGCUCGUGCGCCAGCUUCGAGACAAGGAGGAAGAAGUGGAGGGUCUUUCUCAGAAGAUGGAAACGCUGCGGUUGGAGAUACGUAAGGCCGAGAGAGCUCGCAAAGAGUUGGAGGUGCAGGCGGAGGAGCAGGCAGCUGAGGUGCAGAAAGAGAAGAAACUGCGAGAGAGAAAUGAACAGUUCAGCAGACAGCUCGAGGAGGAACUGGAAGGGUUCAAGCAGGCUGGGCCGCUGCACCCAGGAGCCAGUGCGGAGCAGCAGCAGCAGGAGGUGGCGUGGCUGCGAGCUGAGCUGGAAAAGAAGAACGUGCAGCACGAGGAGGAGCUGUGCCGCAGGGAAACGCAACACAGUGCUGAGCUCAAGAGCCACAGGAAGGACUUGAGUGAUGCCGAGACCCAGCACCUCACUCUGCAAAAGGAGAUCCUUAUGCUCAAAGACAAGCUGGAGAAGACACGACGAGAAAACCAAAGUGAGCGUGAGGAGUUUGAGGCAGAGUGCAAACAGAAGUUUGAGCGGGAAAGGGUACUUCUGGUGGAGGACAACAAGAAGCUAGCUGGUGAACUGGAGCAGCUGAAGUCCAUAUAUGAGACCCUGAGCAGUAGCCACAAGCAGAUGGAGGAGGAGAUGAGAGAGCUGGCUGAUAAGAAGGAGAGCGUCGCACACUGGGAGGCUCAGAUCACGGAGAUCAUCCAGUGGGUAAGUGAUGAGAAGGAUGCUCGAGGCUACCUCCAAGCAUUGGCCACUAAGAUGACUGAAGAGCUGGAGGGUCUGAGGAACACCAGCCUGGGAGCCAGAGGCACAGAGAUGCCGUGGAAGAUGCGGCGUUUAGCCAAGCUGGACAUGUCGGCUCGUCUGGAGCUGCAGUCUGCACUGGACACUGAGAUCCGGGCCAAGCAGUCCAUCCAAGAUGAGCUCAACAAAGUCAAGGCCUCCAACAUCUCGACGGAGUGUAAACUGCAGGAGUCCGAGAACAAGAACCGGAUGCUGCAGGCUGAGAUCGAGAGGUUACAGAAGGAGACUGAAGACCUGCGUCGCAGAAGAGGUGUUAAACAUCAGGACUCCCAGAACUCCUUCCUGGCUUUCCUGAACGCUCCGUCAUCUGUGCUAGACCACUUUGAGCGCUCACCAUCGUGGGGUCCAGGAAGCAAAGGCCGACGUAUUGACUCGGGUGACUUUACUCCCUAUAAUACUCCAUCGCGAGAUGAAGAAUCCAAAUCACGCCACAUGUCCCGCUCACGCUCGCCAUCCACUGCUAGUGACAUGGAGCCAAUAGAGCUGAUGGAUCACUCAUCACGUCUUCACACCCCGACUAGCAGAUCCAGCUACAGCAACCAAGAGCACCCCUGUAAUAAACCCAAGCCUCAUCAGUUUGCGGUGAAAUCCUUCAGUGUUCCGACCAAGUGUAAUUAUUGCACAUCGCUGAUGGUUGGCCUCAUGCGGCAGGGCUGCACAUGUGAAGUGUGUAAUUUCUCCUGUCAUGUGAUGUGUGCGGAUAAGGUUCCCUCUGUGUGCCCCUUCACUCCCGAUCAGACCAAAGGCCCAUUGGGUAUCGACCCGCUGCGGGGCAUUGGCACUGCCUACGAAGGCUAUGUGCGGGUGCCGAAGCCCACAGGAGUGAAGAAGGGCUGGCAGCGUGCUCUCGCUGUAGUGUGUGACUUUAAACUGUUUCUGUAUGAGCUUGGUGAGGCCAAAACUACUCAGCCCAGUGUGAUCGUGAGCCAGGUCAUCGACAUGAGGGAUGAAGAGUUUUCAGUGAGCUCUGUCUUGGCCUCGGAUGUGAUCCACGCCAACAGGAAGGACGUCCCUUGCAUAUUCCGGGUAACGGCAUCUCAUCUGUCCUCCUUGUGCCAGAAGACGUCCAUUUUGAUUCUGGCUGAUAGUGAUCACGAGCGCACCAAGUGGGUCAGUCUGCUGCUUGAGCUGCACCGCAUUCUCAAGAAGAACAAGCUGAAGGAUCGCUCUGUCUAUGUGCCCAAAGAAGCCUAUGACAGCACGCUCCCUCUCAUCAAAACUACUCAGACUGCUGCUAUUAUAGACCAUGAGCGUGUGGCUCUAGGUAACGAGGAAGGCCUUUACGUGGUCCACGUCACCAAAGAUGAGAUCAUCCGUGUGGGCGACAACAAGAAAGUGCACCAUGUGGAGCUGAUGCCCUCCGAGCAGAUGCUGGCUGUGAUCUCAGGCAGAAACCGACACGUGCGUCUCGUGCCCAUGGUUGGCCUUGAUGGCCGCGACACCGACUCCUUCAAACUGCUCGAGACUAAAGGGUGUCAGCUGCUGGCUUCAGGAAAACCUCACCAUGCUGCUCACACGUGCCUGUGUGUGGCCAUGAAGCGUCAAGUCAUCUGCUACGAGCUCAACAAGAGUAAGGCAAGGCACCAGCGCCUCCGAGAGAUUCAGGUGCCGGCUGUGGUGCAGUGGAUGGCGUUUUUGAGCGACCAUCUCGUGGUGGGCUUUCAGGGUGGCUUCAUGCGCUACAGCCUGCACUCAGACGCUUCUCCCGUUAGCCUCCUGCACCCUGACGAUCACACGCUGGCCUUCAUCACGCAGCAGGGCAUGGACGCGUUGUGUGCCGUGGAAAUCUCCAGCAAGGAGCUGCUGCUGUGCUUCAGUUGUGUGGGUGUCUGUGUGGACCUCCACGGCCGACGCUCACGCCAGAUGGAGCUGAUGUGGCCUGCUGUUCCCACCUCCUGCUGCUACAGCGCCCCCUACCUCUCAGUGUACAGCGAGAACGCAGUGGAUGUGUUUGACAUCAACACCAUGGAAUGGAUUCAGACCGUUCCUCUGAAAAAGAUGCGGCCAUUGAACAAGGACGGCUCUCUGAAUCUCCUCGGCUUGGAAACAGUAAGGCUCAUCUACUUCAGAAACAAGACAGCAGAGGGAGACGAGCUGGUGGUGCCAGAGGUGUCGGAUAACAGCCGCAAGCAGAUGGUGCGCAGUAUGAACAACAAAAGACGCUUCUCAUUCCGCAUACCUGAGGAGGAGAGACUACAACAAAGGAGAGAAAUGCUGAGGGAUCCUGAGAAGAGAAGCAAGUUGAUCUCCAACCCCACCAACUUCAACCACGUGGCUCACAUGGGACCUGGAGAUGGCAUGCAGAUUCUUAAGGAUCUACCGAUGAACGUGCGUGCCCAGGAGAACCGGUCAGGCUUCAGUGGCUCAGUCAGUAUCCCAUCCUUAGCGAAGAAUCGGACUGAACCCGGUCGCUCCAUGAGCGCCAGCAGUGGCCUGGGUAUACGUUCUUCUUCUCAGAAUGGCAGCGCUUUGAGGAGGGAGCUCUCGAGCAGUAGUUACAGCUCCAAGCGGCAAACCAUGACAUCUCCGUCUGAGAGCUCGCUGUCGUCAGGUGGAGGCAUGGAUGCAGGAGACGCACCGCUUUCUCAGUUUGACCGGGAUUGGCAGGCUGUCUCGCCCUCGGAGAAGACGCCCGAUCUGAAACGGGCGUUAAGGACCCUGCUUAGUAAGAUGAAGGACUCAGACUCGCCGCGUCACUCCACUGCCUCCAACAGCUCGACCUUCAGCAGCCCGCCCAGUCCUGCAUCACCGCACAAGACCAAGUCUCUCUCCUUGGAGAGCACGGACCGUGUGGGCUGGGACACAUGAUGGACGCUUCACAGGACUAGUGGCGGCGUGUCCUAGCCCUGCGCACCCGCCCAUAUAAAUACAACGCAAGCGCUACUGGAUCCUCUCUCCUUAUUUACCCAGCUUCUCAAGAGAGGAAAAUAUCUGAGGACAUGUGGCUGUCAGCAGGGCUCUGUGUGUGUGUGUGUGUGUGUGUGUGUGUGUGUGUAUGUGUGUUGGGCCAAGGCAUCCAUUGGAAUUCCUCUCAAUCUGGCUCAAAGUGUGACUCGGACCUGAGCCAUUUCAGAGACGCACUACAUUUGAACUUGAUUGAACUGGUGUUUGUAUAUAAACUGGGGUUUGGGGUGAACUAUUUAUUUCUCAGUCCAAUAUUAGCUGUUUAAGAACAGUUUUUUUUCACGCACUUUUUUUUUUUUUGCUCUAGAAUGUGAUGAGUCUGGAAACCUGAUUGAUUACUACUUAAACUGCCGUUCUGAUUGGCUACAGCUUUCUCUUAGCCGACGUAGACAUUUGCUACCUGCCUGAAACGCUCAACACUCUCAGACCACACCAUAAUAACACCACAGAUCACAUGCCACCAUCAAACUACACCAAUAUCGUGUUAUUGCUGGGGUCACUACCUACAUUCCUACUGCAGGAUUUCAUGAGUGCACUGGAUAUGCGUCGUUGUGCUGCCAGACACCACUCCAAAAUGACAGACUCUGAAAAUAAAGCACUACAUACACAGUAUAAAGAAUAGGACAUGGUUUCAGACUAGAAGCAUUUUAUUUUGAUGAGUUCUGUUCAAUCGAAGCCUUCCACAGUGCACCACUAACCUGUGACGUCAGAUUUCCAUCACAAUAAUGUACAUAGGCUGGAAGUAUAGUAUAAUAUACAAUAAGGAAAUUCUGUAGAGAGAAAAACAAAGAAACCAUCAGCUUAUUAUUUUAGCUGCAUUUUACCUGCAUAAUUUAAUUUAAAUUGAUUUUUUUUUAAAAAUCAUGUUCUGGAAAACUACAACGUUGUUAUUUUAUAUCUUGUGAAAAAUCGAUCAGUGUGCUGCUAAAAUUUAAAUUUCUUUACAUUUUCCAUGAGUAGAACUGAAACAUCUGUGCUGUUUUUUUUCCUCUUAUAUCUAUUAUGAAACCAUAAUAUGUAUCAGCUGAAACAAACUCAUAAUAUUCGUAUAAAAUAUUUUCGCCCACAUUUUUACAUUCCCAGUUUAAGAACCAUAAACGUACGAUAACGUCGAAGUUGUUUUUUAAGCAAAAAGAAGUGUGUCUGUUUUGAUCCUGAUAUUUGUAUAUUUACUGCAAAUAUUUUACUUGGCAGAGUAAGCCAUCAUUAAUUACAAUUGCCUUGGUGCCAAUGAUCUUUUGAGAUCUCUCGAGUCCCAAUUAUAUUACACGUAAAACUCAUUGGCGUGGUCUACAGAAUGUUGUGAUGUUCCCCACUGAAGGCCUUAAGAGCUGGACCCAAGCUUUUGCUCUGGGAUCUGAUGUGAUUAUGUGCAAAAAUAUUGCAAAUAGAUUUAUAUGCUUUCUUUCCUGGCAACCAUUUCUGACUCCUGUUUCAGUUCAGUUAUACUGUGUUGCUGAAUAAUUGGCACCCCUCUCCAGUGCAAAUUUAGAUGCCUGCUCUCGUUGACCAUCUCACAACUCAGGAUUCGCAAUAUUGCUUCAGCUGUAGUUUAUAUAAGCACGUGAAGGAAGGCAUAAAGCAGCUGUUGCACAAUUAAUGACAUUUCUGCAGUAGUCCACAUUAGCUCUCUUCGCUAUCAUAUAUUUUGUUUUGUAAUAAUUUGUACAGUUCUGCAUGCUAGAUGUAUUCAUUUCCUGGUUCUGUUACAGGGCUGUAUUAUGUUUUGUCACACUUUUGCAAGGUUAAGGGUAUUUUCUACGACGAGAGCUCACUGCAGGCUAUUUUUUUUUGCGCAGAUAUCGAGCAGAAGAUGAACGAAAUCAAUGGAUAGAAUCGAUGUAUUUCUAUAAACAGAAGGUGAUGUGACACUGGGGAUUUUGUUCUGUUCUGUUAUUUCAUUUGGCUGAGAAAUAACACUGGACCUGCACAAAUCGGUCAAAUUUCACAGUUUAUAAAAUUGUACACAACUGAGAUCUACUUCAUGUUAAUGAGACACUGUAAAUGAGAAGAAUAUUCAUUUUCAAGACCAAACUUUACUCCUAUCCGAUAACUAUAAAGUGAGACGUAACAGUUUACUCGUCAAUUUAUUCUAAACUAUUCUACAUCAGAUGAUUCUACGUUUGCAGCAAGCAGUUGAGUUUCAGUCUGUCUGUUUGUUCUGUAAUACUGCUCUUUACAUGCCAAAUGUUUAUCACCAAUAAAACAUUCAUUCACGCACUCCUGUUGUACUUAGUUAUGUGAGAAAUCGCGUGGAACUUCAGGAAGAAUACGUACGGAAUGUGUCAGUCUAAUCCAAGAAAGUCUACACAAAGUGCAAUAGAGGAACAGUGGAACAAAAACCUGUUUCCCUCUCUGAAGGUUCUUAAAAAAACACAUACAAAAUGUACACAAAAGUCUAAGCCUGAACAUAAAGCAGCAAGUGCUUCAAUACAGUAUUAAAAAUGUAAUAUAACA